AAUACACUUUACAGAAGAAAUUGAAUGAAAUGGAUCAAAAGCUACAAUUGCACAUAAUGGCAAAGGAGGAACAUCAUAAGAAACUGAAUGAAGUUGAGAAAUGCUAUGCUACUAUCACAUGUCAAUUUGGAAUGAUAAAAGCGGCUCAUGAGAAAUUAGAGCAAAAUGUGCUGGAAGCACUACAACUUAAUGAAAAACUGGCAUCAGUGAAUAAAAGGCAAGAGUCUGAAAUAGAUAAUCUAAAGGAGGAACUGAAGAAAGUAACUACAGACUUGAUAAGGUCCAAGGUCACAUGUCAGUACAGGGUGGGAGAAGAAAACAUCAAUCUUACAGCAAAGGAACAGCAGUUACAAGAACUACAACAAAAAAUCAGAAUGGAAACAGAGAUUAAUAAAAAUCUCAGUGAAGAAAAUGCACACAUUAAAGAAGAGAAACAGGAGAUUAUCAGUUCUCUACAACAUAUGCAGCAGCUGUUUCAGCGACUGACCCAAACAAAUGUCAGAAUGGAAAGUGAAUUGAAUGCACUGAAAGAAGAAUAUAAGACCCUUGAAAGAGAUAAUGAGCUGCAAAGGGAGAAGGCAAAAGAAAAUGAAGAAAAGUUCCUUAAUCUUCAGAAUGAGCAUGAGAAAGCACUAAGAACUUGGAAAAAAGAUGAGGAAGACUUGAGAAUAGAAAUGGAUGCUAUUAAAAAUAUGCUGGUAUCACUUAAAGAAGCUUAUGGACAUCUCCAAGACUGCCACCUUUCUCAGAAAGAUCAACAUACUGAGCAAGAGGAAAAUCUGCAGACUAGUCCGAAAGAAGAUGCGUAUACACAAUCUACAAUCAAAAAUUAUAGUAUUUCUGGUCCUGGACAGGAAGAUGACAUUGAAGUAAAGAAUAUUGUAGGCUGCUCUUCAGACAUUGAUAAAGUACAGACCGAACAAAGUAAUGGAAGUGGAUGCAUAGAAGAGACAUAUAACAUUGUUGCCAAAGAUUUACAACUUCUUGAAAAUUAUAAGGAUGAAGUUAACGUCGCUAGCCACUGUGAAGAAAAGGAAAGGGAGGCUCCUCCAGGCAAAACCCUCUGCACAGAUAUUGAUUUAAUGACUCAAGGACAGACCUCGGAAGUAUGUGUUGCUGAGUGCAAAAAGACAGCAAAUAUAGGAAAAACAGACAAAACGUUCUUGGAGAAAAACAAUGCAAGUGCAGAACUAAAGCCACAGGACAGAUCUUGUGCAUUGGCAAAACUCCCAGAGAACACAAGAAAGAUGCUCCUUGACAAUACUGAAGAAUUUGGUGUCUGCAGUAUGGAUGCAGGUCAACAGACAGACUCCAGCAAGCAUAUAUUUGGCAAUGCUUCAAAUGAAUUAGUUUGUAAUACAAAUGAUAAGGCAGAUGCCACACAGGAUGACAAAGGUGUCUUUAUAAAUGAAGCACCAAACAAAGAAUCCAGACAGGUUAUUGGCAUAGAAGACAGUCCUGUAACUGAGAGAACUGCAGACAACCAUCAAACCAUGUCUGAAUUUAAUUUUACCAUCCUGACUCAGGUUACAGAAAGUAGUCAUACAAAGUUUCAGAAAUGUCACUUACAGGAGUCUAAUGACAUUUAUUUAGAUAAUGAACAAGACAAAACAGAACCACUUCAUCUGUUAAAUCGAAGCACCAGUGGUAUAUCCUCAGAUAUAUUUCAAUUUAAACAGAUUCAUACAGAUAUUCAAGAGAAACACAACAGUGACACUGCAAGCACAACUAAUGGAAACUGUGCACUGAACAGUACUUGUGAUACAGCAAGUGAUGCUCCAGUUCUGCCUACUACUUUCUGUGAUAAUGUAAGUGUGAACACGGACAAUACAAAAGAAAAUAACACUAAUACGUCUCUGUUAGAGAAUUUCAAUUUAAGUACUGAAAAAACAGAUAAAUGGACAAAUCUGAAUGAUAUGCACAGCAACCAAAGUGAGCAAGACAUUUCUGGACAGACUGAAACUGAUACAAAUACAUAUGCAUGCACAGAUGUUGUUUUGCCUCUGAAUACUGAAAAUAUAUGUGCUUCUCAGACUAUUAUUCAUAAACAAAUGGUUAUAAAUAAAAUUACCACCGAUAAACAAAUGUCCUGGGAAAAAGUUCAUGAAAAUGAUUUUCAGAUACCCAAAACGAAGGAUGGACAAUCCCUUGUGAUUAAUGAUAAUGCACUAGAGAAUUCAUUGUUAAGAGCAAAGAGAGAGUCACUAAAUAGUACAGUUCCAGGAGAGAAAAUUGCUGAAGGUCGCCUGGAAGAAUCAUGUUCUUUACUCAUAAGGACAUCUGGAGAUUUAGUAAACAGAAGUGGAAGGUCAUCCUUUGAUCUUUCAACUUCAGAUAAAAAAACUGAGAAAACUCCAGUAUACUUAAGUUUUUCAGAUCUCGGUCCUUGGUUGAGAGUAAAUCAAGUUGAAAGUCAAACAGCGUGGGCUUCAACUUCCGAAGGGCCUUUCCAUUUGAAAGAGAAACUACUAUGUAUAUCAGAAAACAAAAAGAUUCUUUCAAAAGCACAGUGUCAAAAUCUGAGCAUAAAUGCUGUCAUGAAAGAAAUAGGACUAGAUUCUAGCAGUAUUAACAGAGUUGCUGACACUUUGAAUACCUCAAGUAUCCAUCGAGGUCCCAAGAGAGAUCCCAGUGAAGAAUGGAAUGCAAUAGCAAAGACUUUUUAUGAUUCUUCUUUUCCCACAGAACAUGUUAAAGCAGGAGUUACUGUAUCAUGCCACCAGCAGAAGCUUUCCCAUCUGGCUUCCAAUGUAGAUACACCAAUCUCAAGUAAAAGUUUACUCAGCAAGGAAGAGCAGAAUUGUGAUUCUCAUAACUUCUUUAUAAAAAGUCAAAUCAAUGACACUGAAAAGUUUUUGAAUUUAGAAAGGCUCCACCGGUCUAGAAAAAGGAAAUAUGAAGAAAGUCUAGAAAAAGCUGCGGUAGGGGACAAAACAGAAAAAUAAUUCAAUCUCUGAAUAUGCAUAUCAUAGAAAGAUUUGUAGAAAUCUUCUACUGGAAGUAAAGAGGUGCAUAUUUUAUUUUGUGGGUAACUCUAGACUGCAAACUCGCCGAUUCCCUCCCCAGUAUUUUGAUGUAAUUGUAUUAAAAGAAAAUAGAUUCCCUACAUUUCUGCAAUUAAAGUCCUUGCAAGUUGUUACAAAAUUUUUGCUAGAAGUUAAAAAUUUAACACAAGUGUUAUAAGUAUAUGUCUGUUAAGUGUAAUUUGUGAUGUAUUUAACAACUGUACCUCCUUCAGAUGUUGAAAAUCUUAGCUGCAGGACUUCCUAAUUUCUCCGCCAGAAUGAGCACUAGCACAACUAUCAAACAAAAGCGACAAAGGAUGUCUCAGAAUGGAAUGGUCCCUUCAAACCUUUAUGACUCACUAACUGGCACAGGAAUAAGAAAGUCUGCUGUUUACAUGUAUCAGAUCUUAAAGAGGAGCUAAUUUUUUUUUUAAUAUCAUACUAAGUACAUAUAGAUACAAUCGGAAUUUUAGAAUAAAUAUUGUCUCUUAAAAGGCAAGUCAUUAAAUGUAUCAUUUACAGAGAUAAUAGGGUGGCAAUUUCAUAAAGAUUUAAUUUUUCUCUAUCCAGCUGAUAAUCAUCUCUUCUUUUCCAUUUCCACUCACU